AGGCUUACGGGUUGCUGGGUGGGCGGUAGCUUAGCUGGAAGUUCUCUCACUGACUUUAUUCCUGUGCAAGGGGCAAUCUCCGAACGCCUGUUGAGUGUGAAGCCUGAGAUGUGUGAGCUACAGCAAUAGAGGACAUUCCUUGGCUGCUGUCCUGAUGCCAGGAGGAGCUGGUGCCAAGCUUUAGCUGUUGCAGUGGUAUGUGGAUUUCGGCUCUGCUGCAUUUCCCUAAGAAGCUAACUUGAAAAUGGAAAUGAAGAGAAAUCCAACAAAGUUGCUGCUAUGGCUGAUGUUCCUCUCCGAUUCUGUGCCAUUUACCUAUGAGAAAUCAAUGAGAGAGCAAGCUAUCAAGCUGAUGCAAGAUACGCGUUUAAUCGAUGGCCACAACGACUUUGUACUACGGCUGAGAAUAUUUUACCAAAAUAGACUCAGCAAGGUCAACUUAAGAGAGAUCAACAAAACCCAUACAAACCUUGCAAAACUUAAGGCUGGUUAUGUGGGAGCUCAGUUUUGGUCAGUGUAUGUUCUUUGCAGCGCUCAGAACAAGGAUGCUGUGCGUCUGACGUUAGAGCAAAUUGAUGUUGUCAAGAGGAUGUGUAACAGCUAUGAAGAACUUGAACUUGUGACGACUUCCCAAGGUAUCUCUGACAGUAAGAAGAUUGCAUGUUUGAUUGGAAUCGAAGGCGGUCACUCCAUUGACAGCAGUUUGGCGACACUGAGGAUGUAUUAUGACCUGGGCGUUCGUUACAUGACCUUAACACAUUCCUGCAAUACACCUUGGUCUGAAUCUUCAUCUAAAGGAAUACACAACUUUUAUCCUAGUGUUACUGGUCUGACUGCUUUUGGCCAAGAAGUGGUAAAGGAAAUGAAUCGCCUGGGUAUGCUGAUAGAUUUAUCUCAUACCUCAGAUUCCACAGCAAAAGAUGCACUACAUAUCUCAAAAGCACCAGUAAUUUUCAGCCAUUCUGCUGCAUUUUCUGUUUGUAAUCAUUCGAGAAAUGUUCCUGAUGAUAUCCUCCAGCAACUGAAAAGGAACAGGGGAAUUAUCAUGGUAACUUUCAAUGCAGAUGUACUGGCCUGUGGCAGAGAAGUUGUUAAUAUUUCUACCCUCGCAGAUCAUUUUGACUACAUAAAGAAAAUUGCAGGUCCAGAAUCGAUAGGAAUUGGUGGUGACUACGAUGGAGUGGAACGUUUCCCUGAGGGACUGGAAGACGUUUCUAAAUACCCUUAUUUGAUUGAGGAACUUCUUAGAAGAGGAUGGAGCGAAACUGAACUAAAAGCGGUCUUAAGGGAGAACUUCCUGCGUGUCUUCAGGGAAGUGGAAAAGGUGCGGAACUCCAGUGGACUAAUGGAUGUAGGCGAGAGUGAAAUCCUGCACAAAGAAGUACAAAAUUCCUGUCGCCUAGACCUACAUAAUUAUCGGAUUGAGACAAUCAGUUCUUUUGGAUUUUCUUCUGUGGCACAGUCUUUUAGUCUGACGCUUGUAAUUGUACCAUAUUUAAUACUGUAUUAUGAAUCAUAAAGUUUAUGGAUCCUGGAGAGAGAGAGAUUGAGUAACCUGCAAUACCACUAGUAUCUUUUUUUGGGGUUGUUAAUGUAGAGCUCUGCUAAAAUAUUUUAUAUAAGUUCUAUACUUUCACCCACAUACUUGAAAGUUAAUGUAGACUUUAAGUCUUGUGGCAAAAGCAUUUAGGUUUUGAAGUGGUAAAUUCUUUGUCAUCUCGGCCAAGUCAGGACCAGCACUGUAAAUGGAAAGUAUUCACAGUUAAUGAAUAAAUCCUCUAAUACAUGACAUGUGUUUUUGGUACCCAUGUUGUGGCAGUUGAUGUAAAUACCAGGGUCCAGAAUCAGCAGAUCUACACAGGAACGAGAGAAUGUGACUAAGACAUUAAGACAUCUGUAGUGGGAUGUUUUCAGAUAUUACUUCUUUUCACAUGAUGCAGCUUUCAUCAUCAGUCAGUGGCUUGGUCAGAGAAGACACCUCCACUCUGGUAUGUGUAGAGUAAUGGUUGUGUGUGUUUGUGUGUGUGUGUAUGUGUUCUAGACAACAAACUGGAUGAUAUGACUAUUUGAAUUCAUUUCUCAUGCCUGCCACUAGCUCUAGGCAUCCGUUUUGCAAUACUAAACUCUUAUUUUUGAACCUUGACCAGGACAAUGGGCAACUGGAGAGUUUAUGAAGGGAGAAGGUAGGUGUCUUAUAUUCAGGUGUCAGCAAAAUAAAGGAACAGAUGUCCAGAUAGUGCUGUAGAUAUUCUUGUGUAAUUUGGGAACUGCUGUUUGCUGCAUGUAAUUUUAUCCAUGCUAAAAUCAGACCAUCAUCAAAUGAUUAAAAACCAUGAGAUUAGAAAGAAAUCUUUGGAACUUGUUUUCAAGUCCACAAGGUAUGUGAGGUUAGCAACUCCUGUUUUACAGAAGAGAAUAUAUUGCAAAAGGCCUAUUCUUGGCAGGUUCUCAAGGCUCAAAGCUGGAAUUUUAAUCAAAUAGUCUGAGAUUCAUCAUGAAAUUAUAAGAUGGCAGCACUAAAUCUCUGUAGGGUCAUUUCCCACCUCUUGCUUGUAAAUACCAUCUCAUGAUACUUGUUAAUUUAUCUUGUGAUACAUGUUUUUAUUUACUGAUGGAACAUGUGCAUAAUAUAACCUUAAUAUAAAUUAAAGUCCUGUAUUCUAACACACAAGUUAUUUAGCAACUGAAAGAUAAUGCCAAGCAGAAACAGAAUGGAAACAACAAGUCAGUUGUUCUCCAGAGUCACCUGAGAUUGUUCCUGCCAUCCAUUCCUGCUUUUCGUCUGCAAGUUGGGUUUCUGGAGGAAGACAGUUCCUUUUAUUGCUUCAAAAUGAAGCUUCAUUAGCUCUUCUGAGAAGGUGGUCACCUUGAUGAGCGUAUUCUUAAUAGGCUAUAAGCCAUGUUGAAUAUUCUAGUGCAUACAAGCCAAGUUUUUAAAAGCAGUUUCUCAACAAAUAUUGAGCCCAGUUAUAGAGAUACAAUGGAGAAUUACAGCACUUCUCUUGCCUUCCUGAUACUGCCUAACUGGCAUCAGAACUUGUUUUGUAAGUGCACGAUACUGGUAAAAUGAAGAAUGGAAUAGAUAUUUGCAGAUAUUUACUUCUUAUCAUCAGUUUACUUCUCAUCAGUUCUUCUGCUAAUAGUUUCAUAAGCUGUUAGAAAACUGCCAUCCAUGGUCUCUUUUCACAAAAUUAGUACCGUUAUAUUAAGUUUAAUGCAUAUUUAAAAUGUAAGAUGCUUCUUUAUUCCUUUCAGCCUUAUAAUUUGUAGUGUGUUGCCACGCCACAUACCUGCCUAAUUUGUACUUUCCUUUGAUAUCGUAGCAUGGAUUUAAUAUACAUUCCUCUUCUUUAAGAUAUGGAUAAUAUUUUUACAUCACUCUAUUUUAGUAUGCUAUAGAUAUUUGUAGUUUACUUCCUUGUUUUAUUUGUAGUGUAUUGCACUUUUUCUGGAUUGCUUUGUGUAAUGUGUAAUUUGUAAUUUUGUGGCAAAACAUAUACAUGAAAUUUAAAUAAAAUAUUGAUUAAAAAUGU